AUGACCAAGGGCAAGAAGGACAAAACCGAAAACACAAAUGACGGGAACUCACAAGCAGGCGAUGAUGCUGUCUCGAUAACAGAUGACGUCCGUGGUGCAGAGUACUAUCAUGGACUCAUUCCCCGAAUGGACGCAGAGCCGUUACUCAAGAAAGAAGGAGACUUCUUAUUACGGAAGACCGAACACUCACCGGGUACCGUUUCACAUUUCGUUUUCCCAGUUUUAGAAUCUUAG